ACCGUAUUUGAAGCCUGAUCCUGGAAGAUGCCGCUCCGCGACUUCGAUCAUUAUUUAUUACCCCGUGGGACAACAGCAGGAGGUCAAAUUUCGCGUACUACCACCUCUUCGUGUUGCGUUCUCUCUCAUCAUCAACUAUCUUUUGGAAGGACACGUUGCUGCUCUGCGACUGUCGAGAUCAAAUCGCCAUCGAUCCUGUUGUUGGAAGUGGUCCAAAGCAGUGACACACUCGCCGCCAGAGAACACGUCAAGCACACCACACCUCAGUAGUGGCUCUUCAGACCCCGACUUCACCUAUCAGAGCAGCCUGAUCCCCCUGCUGGCUCACUGCUGCUGGUCGCUUGCAGCUUGCUUAUAGGAAAUAAUCUGCUCAUACCCUCUCAACACACCUUGAUGGUCAUACCCCUCACUCGCCGCAAAGAUGCAACUCACAGACUUCUCUCUCUAUGCCCUGGGAUUGCAAGCAGGUAACUGGAUGAAUACUGUAUCUUCUAGACUCGACUCUAUCGCAUCAAGCUUUGGUGUCCAAGCAGAGGCCCACGCCAUGGCUUACACACUCCCACCUCUGGGCUACGCCUUCGAUGCCCUUGAACCUCAUUUCGAUGCGCGUACUAUGCAAAUCCAUCAUGACAAGCACCACCAGGCAUACGUCAACAACUUGAACAACCUGCUAGCGGACCAGCCGGAUCUUGCAGCACUUGCUGUUGAUGACCUCGUUGCCCACCUCGACAAGGUUCCAGCUGUGAACAAGACCGGGAUCCGCAACAACGCCGGUGGCCACUCCAACCACAGUUUCUUCUGGAAGAACCUUAAGAUCGGCACCAAACUUGAUGGCGAACUCGAGGCGAAAAUCAAGAAGGAUUUCGGCACUGUCGACGAGUUCAAGGCCAAGUUCGAGAAGGCCGCGACCUCGGUCUUCGGCUCCGGUUGGGCCUGGCUGGUUGAUGACAAUGGCACUCUGAAGGUUGUGACGACGGCCAACCAGGAUAGUCCUCUCAUGGGCACGGCUAUCGCAAACGCAACCGGCUUCCCAAUCAUCGGGCUGGAUGUGUGGGAACACGCUUAUUAUUUGAAGUAUCAGAACUUGAGGCCAGAUUACAUCAAGGCAUACUGGAAUGUCGUCAACUGUGAUUUCGCCAAGCAGCGACUGGCUGAGUCGAAACAUUGAGAUAAUGAUGAUGAUGAUGAUAUGGAUGGUCGAUGUGGAGGAAGUCCAGCCCUGAUUUGACCUGCCGGACAAGUCUUGCUACUCCAACAAAGCUAUGCCGGAUAGCAUCCGGCGCAAUCUUUUG